AUGCCAGGUACAGGGAAAGAGAGCCAAAUCUGCCCAAUUCCAGGGCCACGCGCCUUGCCCAUCAUCGGCAACCUAUUGGAUAUAGACCUCGAAAAUGGUACUAUGUCCUUUCUAGAACUCGCAAAACGUUACUAUCCGAUCUUUAGGAUGACAUUUGCGGGACAAACCUCGAUUGCUAUAAAUAGCGUUGCUCUGACUUCGGAGCUUUGUGAUGAGACCCGCUUCCACAAGCACGUUUCAUCCAGUCUGGAAGCACUGCGCGCGGGUACAAACGAUGGUCUAUUCACUGCCCGUGACGAUGAGAAGAAUUGGCAGCUGGCUCAUCGCCUGCUUGUCCCGGCAUUUGGGCCUCUUCGCAUCCGCGCCAUGUUCCCUGAGAUGUGUGAUAUUGCGCAACAACUCUGCAUGAAAUGGCAACGGUAUGGUUCCAAGCGACCAUUGAACCUAACGGAUGACUUUACGCGCGUGACGCUGGACACCAUCGCGCUAUGUGCGAUGGGCUAUCGAUUCAACAGCUUUUACUUCGAAGGAGAUUUUCACCCAUUUGUUAAUAGCAUGGUCCGUUUCCUAAAAGAGGCAGACAUGCAAGCGACUCUUCCCUCUGCUCUGAACCGUUUCCGUUUCCGUGCAAAGAAGAGUUUGAAGCUGGAUGUUGAGGUGAUGCGCAAAAUUUGCCAGGACCUCAUUAAGGACCGACGGGAAUCAAAUCCCCGGACCCGAAACGACCUGCUGGAUACCAUGAUGAAUGCCAGAGAUAAUGUGUCUGGAGAGGCCAUGACCGACGAAUCGAUCAUCGAUAAUAUGCUGACCUUUCUAGUAGCAGGGCAUGAAACGACAUCUGGGCUCUUAUCUUUCGUGUUGUACUACUUGCUGAAACACCCGAUUGCUAUGGCCAAAGCGACCGACGAGGUCGAUCGUGUUGUUGGAGGCCAGGAACUUACAGUGGAACACCUGUCCAAACUAAGAUAUUUGACUGCCGUUCUUCGCGAGACCCUCCGGUUAAUGCCCACAGCGCCCGGCUUUUCUGUGACGCCCUAUAAGACGGAAAUCAUUGGUGGUAAAUUCGAGGUCAACCCGGGAGAUUCUCUCGAUAUCUUUCUCGCUGCGGUGCAUCGUGAUCCUGACGUAUACGGCCCUGAUCCGGAUGAGUUUCGACCGGAGAGGAUGCUAGAUGAAGACUUUCAGAAGCUUCCUGUGAACUCCUGGAAGCCAUUUGGCAAUGGUAAAAGAGGCUGUAUCGGGAGGGCGUUUGCGUGGCAGGAGGCAUUGAUAAUCCUCGUACUUUGUCUACAAAACUUCAGCAUGAGCUUAGUGGACAAGGACUACGACUUGCAACUCAAAGAAACGCUUACUAUCAAACCAGACAAUCUGUGGGCCCAUGCUACACCACGACCGGGUCGAGAGAUACUCAAGUCUUCAUUACUGGCAGCACCAACAGUACCGCCAUCCAGUAAAGCUUUCGCGGCCAGGACAGCAUCUGAGGCUUCCAUUCCAGCUACAAUCCUUUAUGGAUCCAACAGCGGAACUUGUGAGGCUCUGGCCCAUCGAUUGGGAUCAAUUUUGAGUAGCAAGAAGCCUCUCAGUUGUCAAGUGAAAUAUAUGGACGCAUCCAUCAAGGACGAGUUGCCGAAGUCCGAGCCGGUGCUAAUUAUCACCGGAUCUUAUGAUGGAAGACCGCCUGCAAAUGCGGCACAGUUUGUCGACUGGCUUACUGGGAUCGAAGGAGAGGUGUUGCAAGGAAUCACUUACGCGGUCUUCGGAUGCGGUAGGGCGGCCUGCUCUAUACCUCCUUCCUUGACAGGGCAUCGAGACUGGACUGCCACUUUCCAUCGAAUCCCGACUCUCGUGGACACCCUGCUCGAGGAGCAUGGCGGAAAGCGUAUCGCUCAGCGUGGUUCUGUGGAUACAGCGGAGCAGGACCCCUUUGCAGAGCUAGAAUCCUGGACAGAGAAGGAACUUUUGCCGGCGCUGGAAGAAACAGUCGACCUCAGCAGCGAUUGCAUCCUUUCUACCCGGGUCGACACAGUUAGAGUGAAUAUCCGACCUCCACACUCGUUGCGUGCGGAAUAUGACACGGCGGUCGUUCAACUUGUCCAAGUGCUCACGUCACCAAGUACAUCGAAGAAGAUACACGUGGAGAUCGCCUUACCAGACCAUCUCAAAUACGAAGCCGGAGAUCAUUUAGCCAUCCUACCUCUGAACUCUCGACAAAAUGUGCAACGAGUUCUCUCCCAUUUCCGAAUGGGCGAAGAUAGUAUCGUGUACGUCACCUCGGGGUCCGCGACGUCUUUGCCAACAGACACACCGAUUUCGGUGGCCGACUUGUUGAGUGGAUAUGUGGAGUUGGGGCAGUUGGCUACGCCACUGAGCUUGAAAGCAUUGGCGGCAAAGGCCACGGAUACAGCUACCGCUGAAAAACUGCUAAGAUUGGCUGGAGACGAAUACAUUACACACGUCCGAGAAAACCGCGCCUCUCUUAUUGAUGUGUUAGAUCAAUUUUCCUCGAACUCAAUCACCUUUGAGGAUUACCUUCAAAUGCUGGCUCCGAUCCGCGCAAGACUAUAUACAAUCUCCUCUUCCCCGAGGUCCAAACCUGGCCUGGCAUCAUUGACUAUUUCGAUUGUCGAUGAACCGAGAAACGGUACAGCUGGCCAUCAUCGUGGGGUAGCCUCAAAUCACUUGCUGGACUGCGUCCCUGGGACUAUACUCAGGGUAUCCCUGAGACAUCCAAGCCCAGAUUUCCGUCUCCCCCCGCAGUCGUCCUCCCUGCCUAUCAUCAUGGUAGCUUCGGGUUCUGGAAUUGCACCUUUCAGGGCUUUCAUCCAGGAGAGAGCCAUACGGAAUCAAACAGGGAUCAAGCUGGCCCCCGCAAUGCUAUUCUUCGGCUGUAGAGAUCCCUUGCUUGAUGAUCUCUAUCGUGAUGAACUCAAUGACUUCGAGUCACAGGAAGUGGUGACCAUAUUUAGAGCAUUUAGCAGAGCACCGGAUCACUCCUCUGACUGUCGGUACGUUCAAGACUUACUGUGGAUGGAACAAUCAACCGUAAAGAGUCUAUGGGAACAGGGUGCAAGGAUUUUUGUCUGCGGUGGGACUAAGAUGAACGAAGGGGUUAAGAAGGCGUUGUCUAAGAUUGUUUCCUGCUCCCCCGACGAGUUCAAAGGUCCUCGGUAUGUUGCUGAGGUCUUUCUAUGAGCAUCUAUUCCUCAUGAAUUUCCGCCGUGGCAUCUUACUUAUAAUUGUCG